UGACUUAUACUUCCUCCAAACGAAAUUGAGGAAAGCAAAAACCCAAACCCUCUGCGAACGUGAUUUCAUCAGCAGCCAAACGGAAACAAUGGAGACGACGGCGGCGGCGGAAGAGUUAGCGACCACCUCAAAUCAAAACAAUGCCCUAACCAUUACCUCAUUCUCCGACCUGAAACCGGCGCUCUCAGAACCGGUUAUCGAAGCCUUACAUCGAGGCGGUUUCCACUAUUGUACGCCGGUUCAAGCCGCCACUAUCCCCUUACUUUGCAGCUAUAAAGACGUCGCCGUUGACGCCGCCACCGGUUCAGGGAAAACCCUAGCUUUUGUGGUUCCACUUGUUGAAAUUCUCCGCCGGUCCUCCCCUUCUCCUAAACCGCAUCAGGUGCUUGGGAUAAUUAUUUCACCAACAAGGGAGUUGUCAUCACAAAUAUAUAAUGUUGCACUGCCUUUUAUAUCGACACUUUCAAAUGUCAAGCCAAUGCUUCUUGUUGGAGGAGGGGAAGUUAAAGCAGAUUUGAAGAAGAUAGAGGAGGAUGGGGCAAAUGUUUUGAUUGGGACACCAGGAAGGUUAUUUGACAUCAUGGAUCGGGUAGAUGUGUUGGAAUUUCGUGACCUUGAGGUUUUGAUUUUGGAUGAAGCUGACAGGCUUUUGGAUAUGGGGUUUCAGAAGCAGAUUAAUAACAUCAUAUCACGCUUACCAAAGAUCCGUAGAACUGGUCUGUUUUCUGCUACUCAGACUGAAGCAGUUGAGGAGCUUUCUAAAGCUGGGUUACGGAAUCCUGUGAGGGUUGAAGUUCGCGCAGAAACGAAAUCAUCAGAUGAUAAAUCUGCAAUUACGAACACUUCCAAAACGCCUUCAGGACUCCAUAUUGAGUAUAUGGAGUGUGAAGCAGACAAGAAAUCUUCAGAGCUUGUUGACCUUUUAGUCAAAUACAAAUCCAAAAAGAUUAUCAUCUACUUUAUGACUUGCGCUUGUGUUGAUUACUGGGGAGUUGUUCUUCCACAGCUUGCUGUUCUGAAGGGUCAUCCACUGAUCCCUCUUCAUGGGAAAAUGAAACAAAACGCUAGAGAGAAAGCUUUAGCUUCAUUUACGAGUCUUUCAAAUGGGGUUCUUCUAUGUACUGAUGUUGCUGCUCGUGGAUUGGACAUACCAGGCGUUGACUGCAUUUUGCAGUAUGAUCCCCCACAAGAUCCAAAUGUAUUUAUUCACAGAGUUGGACGAACUGCUCGCAUGGGGAGUCAGGGAACUGCAGUUGUCUUUCUUUUACCCAAGGAGGAAGCAUAUGUUGAAUUUCUGCGGAUUAGGAGGGUUCCUCUUCAGGAACGUGAGUGCUCAAAUAAUGCUCCUGAUAUUAUUCCCCAGAUAAGAUCUAUCUCACAAAAGGACCGUGAUGUUAUGCAGAAAGGACAAAAAGCCUUUGUCUCUUUCGUCCGUGCAUAUAAGGAGCAUCAUUGUUCUUUCAUUUUCAGGUGGAAAGAACUGGAGGUUGGAAAGUUGGGGAUGGGAUAUGGUUUACUGCAGCUACCUUUAAUGUCAGAAGUGAAGCUGAAUGGACUGUCAACUGAUGGUUUUAUUCGAGUUGAGGGUGUGAAGUUGCAGGAGAUCAAAUUCAAGGACAAAUCUCGUGAGAAACAAAGGAAGAGGAAUUUGGUGGAGAAACAAUCGGAAGAAAAACAAAAGGGCAAAUUACAGAAACGCAAACCUGUACCAAAUAAUAAGACUGCUGAAAUGAAGAAGACAACAGCAAAGAAAAGACGUGCUGUUCAAACUAAGGAAGAUGUAGAUGACUUAACCCGGGAAUACCGGCUUCUGAAGAAGUUGAAAAAAGGAGUUAUUGGUGAAGACGAAUAUGCAAGGUUAAUGGGAGCCGAUGAUUUGCUUUAACGAAUCAGGACACUCUGCAGAAGGUAUCCCGUACCCCUAGGGCCCACGACCGUUGAUGUUGAGAAGGAUUCAUUCCUCAAAUGUUCCAUGUUCGUAAUCUGACAAAUGUUAUAGGCAAGUAAAACAAACACAGAGUAUGUUUUUUUGAGUGACAUAAGAAACACGGUGACUGACUGACUAUAUGAGUUGAGCUGCCAAAUGCCAAUGCGAUUGAGGAUUUCAACAUCAUGGAGCUUCAGAAAAAAAACAGAAACAACGGAAAUCUGAGUCACAAAAUUUUGAUCCCUUUUGAUUUUGUAAUUUGAUGAUCUGGUACUGAUUCUGUAGUCAGAGGUGUAUUAAGCUUUAGAAAGUACCAACUCUAUUGUUACUAAAUUGUUAUAGAAAUGGGGGGAAUGAAUAUAUAUAAAGGGAAUUUUCAAGGAUUUUAAUCAA